GCCUUAAUAACUUUUAUUCGGCAUGGAUGUUUGGUUGUAACAUAAACAACAACACGUGUUUUGGCAUUGGACAAAGAAAAUAAAUAUUUGGAAUAUUGAAAUUAUGGCUAGAAGGCCGGAACAUUCUGCCCCACCGGAGAUCUUCUACAACGAUGAUGAGGCCAAGAAAUACUCUAACAACACCCGAAUUAUUGAAAUUCAGGUUGAAAUGGCCGAACGUGCUUUGGAAUUACUAAACUUGGAUGAAGAUGAGCCCUAUCUAAUUCUAGAUAUUGGCUGUGGAUCGGGCCUUUCCGGUAGCGUUCUUGAAGAUAAUGAUCACAUGUGGAUUGGAGUGGACAUUUCAAAAUCUAUGUUAGACAUAGCUGUGGAAAGAGAGGUAGACGGAGAUCUAAUAUUGGGCGAUAUGGGUCAAGGAAUGCCUUUUAAACCUGGUACAUUCGAUGGAGCUAUUUCAAUAUCUGCCCUACAGUGGCUUUGCAAUGCUGAUAAAACUUCACACAAUCCUCACAAGCGAUUGUAUAAAUUUUUUUCUACGCUCUUUGCUUGCUUGACACGGACGGCUCGUGCUGUGUUUCAGUUUUACCCUGAAAAUGCUGAUCAAAUUGAAAUGGUAACAACACAAGCGAUGAAAGCAGGAUUUUAUGGAGGAAUUGUUGUUGAUUAUCCUAACUCUACAAAAGCUAAAAAGUACUUUUUAGUUCUUAUGACAGGUGGAGCUGCGCCAAUGCCCAAGGCUUUAGGCAACGAAGAAGAUGAAAAACGCAUUAGUUAUAUAAAGAAAAGAGAAAUGUCGAGAGAUAGUAGAGGGAAGCCUCUUAAGAAAUCCCGUGAUUGGAUAUUAGCCAAAAAGGAACGUAGACGAAGACAAGGAAAAGAUACCAGACCGGAUACCAAAUACACUGGGCGUAAGCGCAGUGCUCGUUUCUAAAUGCGUAUAGUCCUCAUUUAACAAUUUAAUUUUUAUUUCAAUCACAUUUUCACAUUUAAUCUUAAGUAAUUGUACCUACAAUUGGCUAAACUUCGAGUAGAACUAUCUUGUAAUAUCCUUUUCUGAUUCAUUUUUUAAUUUUUCCUCGGCUAACCGAAUAGCCUUUUCCUUGGGUGUAUCAUACGAACUUUCUGAAUAGAAUUUCAGAUAACCUAAUGCGGAUAGAACCAUAAUAGCAAAUAAAAGUAUUUCGUUUUGCAGAA